AUGGGGAAGCUCUUCGUGCUGGAGUCUCAGAACGGUUCUCAGGGCCUGGCACUAGAGGCCGCGCGGCUUUCCUGCAGAAGCAGGGGUGCUCACCUGGUGUCUGCAGAUGAGCUGCGGAAGGUGGUCCAGGACUGCGCCUUGGCGGUGUGCACCACGGGCUGGCUGGCGGACGGCACGCUGGGGACAACUGUGUGCAGCAAGGGGAGGGGUGAACAGCAAAACAUGCGAGCUGUCGAUGUGAGGGUUGAAAGCAGCCCGGUUCCUGGGGGUACCUACAACGCGCUGUGUAUGAAGGAUGAAGAGAAGCCGUGCGGAGACCCGCCCUCGUUCCCACACACCAUCCUGCAGGGCCGCACCGGCUUGGAGAUGGGGGACGAGUUGUUGUACGUGUGCGCCCCGGGCCACGUGACUGGCCGCCGCGACACGGCCUUCACCCUGCUGUGCAACAGCUGCGGGGAGUGGUACGGGCUGGCCCAGGCCUGCGGGAAAGAUGAGGCAGAGGUACAUAUUGACUAUGAAGAUAAUUUUCCUGAUGAUAGAUCCGUGUCAUUCAGAGAGCUCAUGGAGGACUCCCGCACAGAGGCAGAGGAGGACAGGAGUCAGGAAGAACCCUCUGAGGAGGCUCCGAAACAGGACCGUCUGGUCUCCAUGCCUAGGAAGACCUCUAUGGCAAGGGAAGACAGAGCCCAGGAUACAGCCUUUGUGCCAACCACAGGCCUGCUGGGCGCUGGGAGCCCAGUCCCCACGGAGCUCCCGGGAUCCCAAGGCAGCGGGAAGGACAUGCUCUGGUCUCCUGCUGGGACCUUCCACAAGCCCGAGUGGGAAAAGGAGAUGGAUGAUGACGCCAAAAAGCACCUUCCUGCUGGAGACCGCCAAAGGGGCAGCGCGUUGGCCCCAGGGGAGCCGGAAGGCAGGGUCAUCUACCACAGCACCGAUGGCCCCUCGGGGCCCUCUGGGGGCGGGAACGACAGCAGGGCCGGGGACGCAGUGGUGAGCAGCAGCGAUGAGUCCUGGUUAGACGGCUACCCUGUGACCGACGGGGCCUGGAGGCAGACGGAGGCGCGAGAGGAGAGAGACGAGGAAGAGGAGGACAAAGGGGAUGGAUCAGUAGGGCUGGAAGAAAGCAUCCUGGUGACGUCCAGCCAGCCCGCCCUUGCAGAAAGGAAGCAGUCCAGGAGCACCACCCUCACUCCCAGUGAGGACGUGACUUCACUUCUUCCCUCUCAAACGCUAGAUGGAGAAGCUUUGGCCCUCGGACCCAUGAAUGUGUCUGACACUGAGGGCCCCGGCAAAGGGGCUGGUGACUUGACGGGAAACCAGUCAACCGUCCCCUGGAGAUAUGCCACAGAGAAGCCUCCCACAUCCACCCCGCCCUAUGAACUCACCAGCUCUACCCUGGAGACCGAGACAACCGCCGUCCAGAAGACGCCCAACCUCACUCCCUCAACUGUCGUGGCAGCCACCCAGAUCCCACCGGAGACCACUGCCCCUGCUGUCCAGGAUACCUUCCCGUACCUGCUGUCGGAGGACUUCCUGGGGCAGGAAGUCCCCAACCCGGGUGCAAGUGAGGAGCUUCUCCCGACCUUGGAGCCUUGCGCUGGGGGCAAGUGUCCCAGCCUCGGCAGAGGCCCCAUCAUUGCCACGAUCGUCACAGUUCUGUGCCUGCUGCUGUUCCUGGUCGGCGUGGGGGCCGUGUGGGGUUACCGAAGAUGCCAGCACAAGAGCUCCGUGUACAAGCUGAAUGUUGGCCAGCGGCAGGCUCGGCACUACCAUCAACAGAUUGAGAUGGAGAAGGUCUAGCCACCUUGGAGUUGGGGGGGGGGGCUCCCCCGAAGCCCCCUUGGGAGGAAAAUAAACGGUGACACAUCACAGUGAGAACCGCUGACAUUUCACUAGCGCAUCAAACAGGGGAGUAGGGCUGCUCUUCCUUCUCUCAGGUCUUUGCUUUCUAGGCUGAAAAGUGGGUCUGGAAGCACCUGGCCGGGCAGGGAGGCUUGGGCGGGGUCAUCACAUGUCAGCAGUCCCUGGACCACCUGUCCUGGGCCCUGUCGCCCUAACCCCAGAUCUGUACUUUGGCCCCAAUUCCAGCCGGGGGUCAAAAUUCACCUCUUCAUCCUACUAUUGUCUUCUUCUUUUUUUUUUUAAAGAAAGAAAUGAGUCUGCAACCUGAAAUUUUCAAAAUAGGCGUGACAGAGCAUUUGAGAGCAGCGCUAUUUUGGAUCAGGUAUUUAAUUGUUGGAGUGGAGGAGGGAAGAAAAACAAUGAGUUAUUUCCUUUUAAUGUUGCGAUGUUGCUGAGGGCAAAUGAGCCAAGAUCCAGGACAUAGUCUAGAAGCUCUGAGAUUUUUUUCAAAAUUGUUUGUUGCAAUUGGAAAGAAUUUACAACUGACAUUUGCUGCGAGGAGGGGAGGAGGGCGGGACACACAUCCACCCUGUUCCCUCUGUCCUGUGAAUCUGUCUUUUUUUUUUAAACAAGGUUAGCUUUGUACCGGUAAGCACCGUUUCCUCUCAGAAGCAGUGGCCUGGUUGUCCUUGACCAAUCUGUGCCUAGGAAUGUCUUAGAGUUUUUGCCAGGACUAACAAAACUCAGUCCUCGGCUUCCUCUCUCAGGAUUAACCAUUUCUCUGAACGCCAGGAAGAAAGACUAACCUAGGAGGGAAAAAAUGUUUAAAGAGGGCCAAGGACUAGGAUAUCAAGCACCGGUACCUACUUGAUGGAGAAGCAGAGGAAUUACGAAGGAAUAUGAAGUGAUCUGUGCUGGCCUAGUCUUUACCCUGUUGCGAUGACUGUGAGCUGUCUGGAAACAGCCUGAGUGCAUCACGGGCUCCCCCGGCUGGUGAGCAUCCAGUUCGCGGCAUCCCAGGCACCUCAUGGUGACUCGGCCCGUCUCACUUGAGACGGCAGUCCUCAGACCAGCGGCAUAGAUAUCACCUGGGAACUUGCUGGAGAUGCAAGGCCUCUGAUUCCACCCUGGAUGAAGGGGAGGCCCUAGGGGUGGGGCCCAGCUGUGUGUGUGCAUGCUUAGUCAUGUCCGACUCUUUGCGACCACGUGGG